AUGACAGAAGUACGUGGCUCAGCAUUAACGAUGCAAAGCCGCAACCCCAAACCUCAGUUUGCGGACUGGCUGAUAGAACAGGUGUGGACCGGGCAAUACGCCGGGUUGUAUUUUGUGGGCAACAACAAGUUCAGAGUCCCGUGGAAACACAUCUCUAGGAAGGACUGCUGCGAGGACGACAGUAAAAUAUUCAGGGCAUGGGCAGUGGUCAGUGGUAAAAUCAACACGCAUCCCAAUGACAAGGCAAAGUGGAAGACUAACUUCCGCUGUGUACUGAACAACCUGACCAAGCGUUUCAUGAUGGUGGAAGACCACUCCAAGGACUCAGACGACCCCCAUAAAGUCUACCUGAUUAUCAACAAUGAGUCUAACUAUGGGAGCCCACACAUAGAGGAAAUUGCUGUGGAGGACUAUGACAUUGACAUCCACAGCUCUCUCACCUCUACAGGCUACACCCCCCCAGGCAUGGAGCAUGAUAAUCUACUCAAGCUUGUGAACACCUUAGACCUGAACCAACAUACUGAGGAGUGGGCAGAGAACUAUAUACACACACACCACCCAGUGGUACCAGAAGACUGCUACCCCUUCCAGCCUCUAACAGAGCCCCAGCCAGUCUCCCAGAACCACUCACCACCACCAGUCCCAGUACCAAUACAGCAGCCAUACGACCACGUUAACCAGGAUGCCCUGCUCAACCUGCCUGCUGCCCAGCCGUCUCUCUGUGACCUGGAGAUCACCAUCUCCUACAGGAGGAGAGAGAUGCUGAAGACCCAGGUGUCAGGCCCCCUGGUUCAGCUCCACUACCAGUGUGAUAUCCCUGAGCCCAACGCCCAGACCCUCUGCUUCCCUAGCACUGACGGCCUGCUAGACCACAAACAGAUUGAAUACACCAACCGCAUCCUAGGGAGCGUCCAAAGGGGUCUUCUCCUGGAGGUACGAAACACGGGUAUCUAUGGUUACCGGCAGGACAAAUGCCAUGUGUUCUCCAGUACUAGUGACCCCAGAGAGGCACACCCUGAACCCAGGAAGAUGCCCCAAAAUGAAAUGGUACAACUGUUGAGCUUCGACAAGUACAUGACUGAUCUGAUAGCAUUUAAGGAGAACAGAGGAGGCUCUCCUGACUAUACCAUCCACAUGUGCUUUGGAGAGAAGUUCCCAGACGGAAAACCCCUGGAGAAGAAACUCAUCAUUGUCAAGGUGGUUCCCUUGAUCUGUCGUCACUUCCACGAGGUGGCCCAGGGGGAGGGGGCGUCUUCCCUCCAGAACGACAACAUCAGCCUGCAGAUCUCCCACCACAACAGCCUGAUGGAGCUUAUCAGUGCCACCUGGCCCGACGGCCCAGAGCACACCAUGGGGCAAUACUUCUAG